AUGAGCUCCAACAAGAACGCUAACGACGCUCGCAAGCAGACUGGCAGUCCCGUGGACGGUGCUCAAAGGAAACCUCCAAAAGCCUGGUCGCAGGGUACCAACCCCAUCACUCAACGUCCCUCGAACCCAAGUACCACAAAUGGCACUGCCAAUUCCGUCAAGCCUUCACAGCAUCAACCGGCUCCCACAUCUGAUUCCGGGUCCCCCAUGCGACACCUGAAUGACCGGAUGAUGUUUCUGUUGGCAAGCCUUACUGGUUUACCAGGACACAUCACACUCAAAAAUGGCGAGAAGUACACGGGAGUUCUUUCAGGAACAUCAUUGGAUCCGACCGAGAUGAGGUAUGUUUUCAAGAUGGUAAAACGGGUACAAGGAAGCGACGCCCAGGUCAACGGUACCAGCGAACCGUCGGACGAUUACGUGGGCCAGGGCGAGAACCACGUCAUGUCAUUUGACAUUGGCGAUGUUGCGGAUUUCAACGUGUCCAAUGUGAUCCUGAACAAAUCGCAGUCACGAACACAAAACGGUGCCUCGACAGGGUUUCGCACAGAUACGGACAUUUCUGGUCACAUGUCAAUGAAGGAGCGCACAUUGCAAAAAUGGGAGCCCUCGACGGAUAGCAAUGCCGACUUCUCUCUUGAGUCGUCUGGAUCGACCGGAUGGGACCAGUUCGCAACCAACGAGAAGCUCUUCGGUGUUACUAGCAACUAUGACGAAAACAUCUACACCACGACGAUUAAUUACAACGAUCCCGCAUAUGCACAGAAGCAUGCACGCGCAUCCAAACUUGCCAGCGAGAUCGAAGGAAGCAGCUCCACGAAUGCCCACGUGCGCGAAGAGAGGGGAUUGACUUCUGCUGAUGACAAGGGCUUGGAUGAAGAGGAAAAAUAUAGUGGAGUGCAUCGCAAUUUCCCACCGCUGCCCACCGGCCAGCCAAAUAAAUAUACACCUCCUGCGAGACGCCCUCCCACCGGGCAACCGACGGUGCCGGGAGCUCCCGUAGAUCCCGCAAUCAUAUCGUCCCAAUUAGCGCGACCAGACUCGGCCGCCGCUAAAUCAGCACAACGUACCGCCACGCCUCCUACAGAGAAGCGCCCACAGCCUGAAUCUUCAAAAGCAGACACUGUUACGAAUGUCGAGGCUUCGACUGCAUCUCCGGCUCCGAUUCCUAUUCCUGCCGACAAGGUGGAACCCGCACAAGGUGCCGAGUUGAACCCUAAGCCUACGCCAACACCUAAGGCCACAACGGCAGACCAAGCACAUAGGAUCAAUACUACGUUACCCUCAGUGACCGUUGCCCGUCGACCAGGACGACCGGAGAACGCUACCGCGACUGUGGAGCACGAUCUACUUGACUCUUUCAAGCAAUUCGCUACGCAAGAAAAGCUGCGCGUCUCUGAACGACAAAGGACCAUUGCGAGGGAAAACAAGGCAGUAAAGCUGAAUGACUUGAAGAAGUUCUCACUCAACUUUAAGCUAAAUACUCCUGUCCCCACCGAUCUUGUUCCUAUCCUUGCUAAAGAUGAGGGCAAGCAGAAAUUGAUUGUCGACAAAGCCCUGCGCGCCGUUCAAGAGUCGAAAACCACUCCAAGCAAACCGACUCCGGGACCUGCGGAAGUAAAGCCACCUACUUCACGUACUGCAUCCUCAUCCAAGCCUGAAUCGACCCAUGCUUCUCCCAGCGCACCAGUUGACCGCCAGCAAGGUCAACGACCGCGCCCUUCACCCAACGCACCUAAUACCUAUGGGUCUUCUUCCUUACGAGGUCCUGCCCAGAACAGCAAUCAGAAUCCUCCCCGGAAUACGGGCAUGCUUGGCCAACGUCUCGUCAACAAUCAGGCUCAGCACAAGCAAGGCGGUCUACCAUACCCUCCCAUUCCGCACCCUAUUCCUUCUGCGGACGGCCGCCCUCAACCACCGUCAGGUCCUGGGACUUCAAGUGGUGGCCACACCCCCACCCUGAACGUUGGCGCAAGAGAGUUCAAGCCGAACCCUGCAGCUAUGAACUUCCAGCCUUCUGGACCAAGCAACCAAUCAAGCCCUCGGCCCGAAUCGGCUCCCAAACAGGACCAAGCACCUCGUAAACAAAAAGUUGUUCCAUUUUGGAGUGAAAGCGAUCCGAAACCGGUCAUUGAUGACUUAGAUCUCGGUACUUCUUUCAACCCACUAAAGCGCCUCAUGAGCCGAUCCAAGGAAGAGAAGGAGAACCUCGACUUCAGCAAGAACGGCGGCGUGCCAUUUCCCUUCAGGACUCUUCCAACGUGGACGACCAAGAACGAAAAGACCUACGAGCAGAUGUUUGAGCCCCCAGCCAUCCCACCCCCCAUUUCUGCACCUAAUGCUAUGAUGGGCCAUGUAUCCAUGCAUCAUCAACAGUUACCUCUGCAACUUCAAGGUCCUCCCAACGGACCUCAGCACCAAGGCCCGCACCACACUUCAAGGCAUCCUGGCGUUCAGCAGCAUCACGGUCAAGGCCAUCAUCCAUUCGACGGCCAACAGGGCCACCCUAUGCAAUUUUCGCACUCUGCUUCCUCGAUGCAUCCUUCUCCACGUGCAGGCCCUCCUUAUAUGUAUGGUGCGCAACCACAGGGAAUGCCGGGCUUCAGCCAAGGUCCCAUGCAUAACUACAACAUGAGCCCUAACAUCCAGCAUGUGGCUCUCCAGCAACAGAGAGGCCCACAAUUUGUGCAGGGACCAAUGCCAGUCAUGGGAGGUCAUAUGAUGACCAACCAACCCUCGAAUGGUCCGUUCAUGGGAAUGCAACCGAACCCUCAGAUGCAGAUGUACUCUCCCAACCCAGGUCACGCCUAUCCCCACUACCCUAACCAAAUGCCCGGACCGCCUGUCACCAACGGUUAUCCCAGCCCUCGCCCAGGUGGUGCCCCAUUGAUGCAUCAUCAAGGUUCGCAACAGGGCCAUCAACAGCAACAGAAUGUCGUAUAUGUGCCUCAGGGGGGACAACCGCCCAUGUUCGCCCAGAUGCCACCUGGAACAAUGACUCACAUGCGCGGUCCUUACCCUCAACAACAUCAAGGACCACAUUACGGAUCACCUCAUCAGCACCCCCAAUUCCCACAACAGGCCCAUCGCGGAACGCCAAGUGGUAGCUAUGCUCAACCCAUGGUGCAGCAACAUUCAAUGCAGCCUCAGGGUCCACCGCCUCCCACCGGACCAGCCAGUCAUGGCCCUGAAGCCAGCGAGGAGGCCAAGUGA